AUGGCUACCGCAAUGGAUCAUCUAUCAACCGGCUCCACCAAGAUCGCAUGGCUUUCAGCCCUUGAUACCGAAUUCAAGCCCACCGAGAACUACCGCCGUACCUCCAUCAUCUGCACAAUUGGCCCCAAGACGAACUCGGUCGAGGCUAUCAACAAGCUGCGAACCGCCGGCCUCAAUGUCGUCCGCAUGAACUUUUCUCAUGGCUCAUACGAGUAUCAUCAAUCCGUCAUUGACAACGCCCGCGAGGCCGAGAAGGUCCAGAAGGGCCGUCAGGUCGCCAUUGCUCUAGACACCAAGGGUCCCGAGAUCAGGACAGGCAACACCAAGGACGAUGCGGAUAUCCCCAUCGCUGCCGGCGCAGAGAUCAACAUUACUACCGACGACAAGUAUGCCACUGCAUGCGAUGCUACGAACAUGUAUGUGGAUUACAAGAAUAUCACCAAGGUGAUCGAGAAGGGCCGCAUCAUCUAUGUCGAUGACGGUGUCCUCGCAUUCGAAGUUCUCGAAGUUGUCGACGAUAAGACCAUUCGCGCCCGCGCCCGAAACAAUGGCAAGAUCUCCUCCAAGAAGGGCGUCAACCUCCCCAACACGGAUGUCGAUCUUCCAGCCUUGUCCGAGAAAGACAAGGCCGAUCUCCAGUUUGGCGUCAAGAACAAUGUGGAUAUGGUCUUCGCCUCCUUCAUCCGCAGCGGUGAGGAUAUCAGGGCGAUCCGCAAGGUUCUCGGCGAAGCUGGGGCCCACAUCCAGAUCGUUGCUAAGAUCGAGAACAGACAGGGCCUCAACAACUUUGCCGAGAUCUUGAAAGAGACUGAUGGUGUCAUGGUUGCCCGUGGUGACCUUGGCAUUGAGAUCCCGGCCGCUGAGGUGUUUGCUGCCCAGAAGAAGAUGAUUGCUAUGUGCAACAUUGCUGGCAAGCCCGUCAUUUGCGCCACUCAAAUGCUGGAAUCCAUGAUUUACAACCCUCGCCCUACGCGUGCUGAGAUUAGCGAUGUGGGCAACGCUGUCACGGAUGGAGCUGACUGCGUCAUGCUGUCGGGUGAGACUGCCAAGGGUAGCUAUCCCACUGAAGCCGUCACUGAGAUGCAUGAGACUUGCUUGAAGGCCGAAAAUACCAUUGCAUACGUCUCGCACUUCGAAGAGCUCGCAGCCCUGGCCCAACGACCCGUCAGUAUUGUUGAUUCAUGCGCAAUGGCUGCAGUCCGUACUAGUUUGGAUAUAAACGCUGGUGCCAUCAUUGUUCUGUCCACCAGUGGAGAUAGUGCCCGUCUUAUCUCUAAGUACCGACCCGUCUGCCCUAUAUUCAUGGUCUCCCGGAACCCCAGCGCCUCCCGAUAUGCCCAUUUGUAUCGUGGCGUCUAUCCCUUCCUCUUUCCCGAACAGAAGCCAGACUUCACAAAGGUCAAUUGGCAGGAGGAUGUUGACAGAAGAAUCAAGUGGGGUAUCUCUGGUGCUAUGAAGCUGGGCGUAUUGGUACAGGGUGACCCUGUAGUGGUUGUGCAGGGAUGGAAAGGCGGUAUGGGCAACACCAAUACUCUGCGUGUUAUCAAGGCGGAGCCCGAGCAUCUUGGCCUCCAAGGGAAAUAG